CCACUUCGCCCACUCCCAGCCUUAGCCUAGUCUUCUUCUUACUAGCUAGAUCACUCACCCCUUUCUGCGCGCAUAUAUUAAGCUUGCCCUGCCCGCCUGCGCCCGCCUGCAACUUUUGCACUUUUACAACUCUCUCUCUUCUUCGCCUGACGACACUCGACAUCGCGAGCUGCCACGUUACGCGUCUGCUUUUAUCGACUUUUUCUUCAUCGCGUUUAUCGUCUUUACUCUCAAACAUGACUGGACGUGGAAAGGGAGGCAAGGGUCUCGGCAAGGGCGGCGCCAAGCGUCACCGUAAGAUCCUCCGCGACAACAUCCACGGCAUCACCAAGCCCGCCAUCCGCCGUCUCGCUCGUCGUGGUGGUGUCAAGCGUAUCUCAGCCAUGAUCUACGGCGAAACCCGCAACGUGCUCAAGUCCUUCUUGGAGUCUGUCAUCCGCGACGCCGUCACCUACACCGAGCACGCUAAGCGCAAGACCGUCACAUCCCUGGACGUCGUCUACGCUCUUAAGAGACAGGGCCGUACCCUCUAUGGAUUCGGUGGAUAGAGCGUCAAUCAGUCAAUCAGACUAUCAGACAUUCAGAGACGGAUGGAGUUUUAUUUUGCCUUUUUUAUUUCACACUACUCUUUAAUUCGGAAGUGGGACGGACGGGUGGACUGGGUGGGCUGGACGGGUUGCUGCAUGGUUCCUUUGCGCUCUAGCUAUGUUACUUACACAAUGGAGUCUGGUUAUCUUGCCCUUUAAACUGUUAUCCUUGCUGUCUUUUAUCUUUUAAUCUUUGAUUGUAGCUGCAGCCGAGGCACGCUUACCUCAUCAACGGACAAAAGAUAGUCCGUCGAUGCUGACUCAUCUUACCCCAGAGCACUAGUCCCCUUCUGGAAGACGCCAAGCCCAACCUAAAACACGCCAAAGAAAAAGGAAAAAGCAACUUCAUCUCGUCUUUAUCACGACCAAGAGGACCAAGUCAAGGGUUGACCAGGACGACUGGGUCGACCAAGAGACGAGAAAGCCGGAGCUGGAGUCGCUGGACGCUCGACAGGGACAGGCCCGCAUGCACCCCAGCCAACGCGGCCAAUAACGCUGAUCAAGGAGGUAUAUCUUCCGCCUCUUAAGGUGGCCAUCCAGGGGACAAGCAUCGCCCUAUGCGCCAGCCGCGGACGUAUAAUAUAUAUAAUUCUUGCUUAGGUUACUCCAACGACAUCUCCAUAUGCUACUUACAUCACUAGCCCACUGGGAAAUAGCUGUGAAGAACAUGUGCGCGGGAAAAGGUCGUAUGUAAAGUUGUUGCAGAAGCCCACUCGGAGAUGGCCCUUCUCCUCUUUUCGCUCCCCCCUUCUGCUGGGGUUAAAGUGACUGAUCGUCGGCCGCAGGAGUGAUCGUCAUGCUACCUCGACUACUUCCACCACUUGUUCAUCCCGGCCUGAACCGAAGCUGGCGAGGAGUCAAUUCAACUAAACGGAGCCAACUUACGCAGUACGGAGUAGUCACUUAUUGCUCUGCGAGUCAGUCAUUUUAGUCACUACGGAGUACUCUGACUAUUGUACUGGGGAGUCAUGGAUGGAGUCAGCUUUCCGAUGGAGCAUUGCUGCUGGAGUGAAAUUGGCCAAGAAGUGUCAUGUCAAGCUGGGACAGGCGUUGACGGCAGAAAUCACUGGCUGAAACGUGUUCCAUCGCGAGUUUUUCCUCAACUCACCCUGCUGCCUAUUCCUCCGUAUUAUCCUUUGGAACCGUCGUUCCGUACAUGCGAAGCAUGCAGCACGCCAAAUUAAGCAAGACGGCAAAACUGCGUGGACUUUGGGGAAACCCUGACACCAUCUCGUCUGUCCCUUUGCUGUACUGGGCCGAUGUCUUGGGUGAUUAACUAUGUGAUGUAUGCAGACAAACACCAGCUGAUAUUCCCAUGGCGGUGAUGUGCCUGAAGAUACCCACGGGUAGUCAUGGAUAUUUUUCUAUUAUAUCAUGACGUCUGCCUUACAUGAUAUCCCCCAUGCUCAUUUCACUUGUCCAGGGAGCUGCGGAGAACCCAUGGCGGGUAGACUUUUUGGCGUUGGCAGAUCCUGUUCUUUUUUAACGCCCAGCCUUCCUUUUCGUGGGGAAGUCUUUGACGUUUCUGGAAAUGGAAGCGCAGCUUCGUGCCUUGUGUAUGGUUGGAUGAGAAAACGACGAUCAGGGCCCGGGCGGGUGAGGACGGACAGGCUGCUGUCCCAUUCGUUUGUCUUAUCUUUCGCCUUUUUGCUCAUCACCCGCUGAUACCCUAAAACGAGGCC